AUGUGUCAUACACACUAUCUCUCUUACUUUAUUCUAUUCCUCCUCUACUGUUCCGCGCUAAACUACAGCUCCUCUAACAUUCUGUCAAGGUCCGCGUUGUUGACGCGAUCGGGUCGUUCAACGUUGUUCCCGCUAGGGGUGCUGUUGUUGUUGCUCGCAGCGUUCUCAUUGCGCCUGUGCUGGCGGUGUUGGCGAUGCCCACUGUGGCUACGGUGCCGGUGCCUGCUUCGGCUUUCGCCACCCCCGCCGUUUGUCUCACCGCCGUCCUCGACGUCGCCGCCCCUCGUCGAACGGCUUCGGCGGUCACCCGAUCGGUGCCGGCGGUGGCUGCUGCUG